UGCGUAAAGGGGAGAAGCUCUAUCAGUAAAGGUCACAAAGCAUGUCGGGAAGACGGCAGGAGGAGAUUUGAUGUAAAGCCUACUGGGAUAUGUAGUGCCGUUGUGAAUAACGGGCUCUGCCAAGCUUGGUGGGUUUUUGUCCCGCCCCGCGCCUGUGUCUUUCUGAUAACCCAAGAAGGCGUUUUCUGACUGUGCAGCGCCGAUCUCGACUCUCUUGCGCGCUUCGUUAUGCGUUAGAGAGGUCUUCAGGCAGCUUCUGGGCUUCUACUUGGGGUCCUUCCCGCGCUGUGGGGGUGAGAGGUCGCCGCGAGGGCGCCUGGCAAGAGCAGAAGCGUGCGUUCAAGUCUGUCGCCGGCUGCCGGGGACGAGGGGACGGGUCGUUGUGCAGGCCAUUUGGCGUCGUGGCGGGAGUAACGCGCUCUUUGGUCGCCCCGGCCAUGUCCUACUGCAGGCAAGAAGGAAAGGACAGAAUUAUAUUUGUGACCAAAGAGGACCAUGAGACACCAAGCAGCGCUGAACUGGUAGCGGAUGACCCCAAUGAUCCUUAUGAAGACCACGGUUUGAUAUUGCCUAAUGGAGAUAUCAACUGGAAUUGUCCUUGUCUUGGAGGAAUGGCUAGUGGCCCUUGUGGGGAACAAUUCAAAUCUGCCUUUUCCUGUUUCCAUUAUAGCAAGGAAGAGAUAAAGGGAUCAGAUUGUGUGGACCAAUUUCGAGCCAUGCAGGAGUGCAUGCAGAAGUAUCCAGAUCUGUACCCCCAGGAGGAGGAGGAUGAAGAAGAAGAAGAAAAGCAGAGCAAAGAUUUAGAGACUGGUCCUUCAGUAGCCAAAAAGGAGGAGGGAUCUAGCUAAUGAAGCUGUAUUGAGGCUGUAGUCUCCUUAAUGAAUUCAAAGACACACAAACUUAAGCAAAGCAUCGUCUUUCCUCUCUCCUCUUCCUCUCCACCCCUUCUUUCCAGUUCCUCAAGGAGUGCACUUCACCUCUCUUCUGUACACUGUAUCAUGUGAAUUAUGUUGCUGUAAGGGAAGACACCUUAGACCUUUGGUCUUCACAAUGAAAUGCUGCAAGGUCAAGUAUGUCUACACCCAGCAAAGACCAUUAGCUGCACUGGCCCUGCUUUAACAAUUACUUCCUUCUCCAUUCAUGUUCAGUUGGCAGGUUGGCUUGAACAAGAGCAGAAGAGGGAUGGACCUACACUUGGUUGGUGGUUAUGGUGGUGGGAGGGAGAACGAUCAGCAAGGAUAGAGGGACGAUGUUGACUUCAUUACAUUUCAGUUAUUGACUGUUUCAGAUGUGUCCUAUGCUAAAAAUAGCUUAACAUUUUUCUCUAAACCACCAAAGAGAAAUUCAGAAACGUGAAUGCGGGUGAAGUUUUCAGUUGUACAGUCUGCAUGCUUUAAUAUCAUAUGAAGUUUGUAUAUGCUACUGAUUUUUGCAAAUGGAAAAUUAAUGUUGCAAUAUGUGUAGGGAGAAGUGGAAUUAAUGUUCCGACUCAAACAUCUGCAUUAUUUCUUAGAGGGGAGAAUUUAUUGAUCAACUCCUGCUGUAACUGAAUUGAUAGGGAGAAUGUUGAUCACUGUGUUCCUUAACAUCUUGUGGGGUUUCCUCUGUGAAAGCCUGUCUCUUCUCCAGACAGGCUGCUUAAAUAGAUGCCCUUGACAGGAAAACUUUGCCUGGAAUAACAGCCUCUGACUAGAUAACUGUGUAUAUUAAAGGCAACAUCUUUCUACCUUG